ACGCAUGCGCGGUGAGUGGGAGCCGGGCUGUGGGGAGCGGAAGUGGCCACCUCCAGUGGGACCGGAAGAAGCCACCGGGAGCCGCUGUGUGUGAGCCGCUGCUGUGAGAUGGCCGAGGAGGAGAUCAGAGACCCGGGCACGGUGACCUUUAACGAUGUGGCCGUCUGCUUCUCCAUGCGUGAGUGGGAGCUGCUGGCGGACUGGCAGAGGAAGCUGUACCGUAACGUCAUGAAAGAGAUCCACGGGGCGCUCAAAGCCCUCGGGUACGAGAUUGCAAACCCCGGGAUCCUGGUGCGCAUCCAGCAGACGGAGGAGCCUUGUUACAGCCCGGGCAACGCGUGUAAGGAGGAGCUAUCCACGGAUGGUUGGAGGGUGCGUAUGGACGAUCCAGGAGAGAACGCGGACCACCCCGUGACCCGGCUUCCACCUAUCAAGCCCGACAUCUUACUGCGGGUGAAAACGGAGUCUGUGACCAACGAGCGGAGCUGCCAGACGUCUGCGCCGAAGGUGGAUGUGGAGCGCGCAGAUUCCAGCAGCGCAGUGUUUAAUCCGGAGCUGGCCCUGUGGAUAAAGCAGGAAGAUGGCGUGGUCGCCGCGGACCCCAGCUCCCUGCUGAGAGAGGAGCCUCCACUGCCGCCCGUGGAAGAUGUCCUCCCACACGGCCAGCCCAUAGAAGCCAGUCAGCCGCUACCGGAGGUGGUGGUGGGGAACCUGUUGCGGUACUUUGAUGAGGAGAAAGAGAAGCAUGCUCGGCUGGGGGGAACAUUGCCGUGUCUCCAUGUUCAGCAGCCGCCAUUGGUCACCACGGAAGAGGGCGCCCAUCUCUUCGCUAUAGACUGGGGGCUCCCCGUUGUUGCCGGCAGUUUCCAGGAAGGUCUGGCCACCGCCAUGGAUGGGGUCAAACAGUAUAAAUGUCCAUAUUGCGAGAAGAGUUUCUUGCGCAGCACACAGCUGAGGGAGCACCAGAGGACGCACACCGGGGAGCGACCCUACCAGUGCCUGAGGUGUCCCAAGAGCUUCAGUCGCAGCACCCAGCUGAAGGACCACCAGCGCACCCACACCGGGGAGAGGCCCUUCCAGUGCACAGAGUGUGGCAAGACCUUCACACACAGCUCCAACCUCAUCCACCACCGCCGGACCCACACCGGGGAGAAACCCCACAAGUGCAACAUGUGCCCCAAGAGCUUCAGCCAAAAUUCCGACCUCAACAGGCACCAGCGCACCCACAUGGCCGGGGACCGGCCCCACCAGUGCACGCGCUGUGACCGGACGUUCAUAUAUAAGUCCCAGCUACGCAUGCACAGCCGAGUACACGUGGUAGAGGACAUCCUGCAGGGUGUGGAGAGAGGAGGCGGGGCGGCGGAUGGAGCCUGGAGCGGCCAGCCUCUGUGACCUUCCCUCCACUCCUGAGCGGGCAGCUACCCCUCUGGCUGCUACUUGUCAUGUGCACCUUUCACCUCCUCCCGGUACAGCCGGCUGUUUUGCAUUCAUGAGAACGCAACCUUUCAGGUCACGGAGCGACUCCUGCCACAGUGAUGUCUCUAGGAUCCAGCGACUCAUUAGGAUAAACAUUGUCUAAGGUUACAAAAUGGCUGCCUCCAUUGUCUAGGAGUCUGGAACUCCGAGUAGAACACUACAGUGCUGGUCCCAGAGGGAACCGACGAACAGACUCAAUGCAACAAGCCCACUGCUCUCUGUUCCCGGGGACCGGGCCACAUUGUAACGACAGCCGAGCGUUGGAUCUGUACCUGUACGUUGUCCUGUAACUGGGACCAUAUUUCGGAGCUCCACUCCUGGAGCUGGGUUCCUGUCACUCUGUAUUUCCUACCCAGCCCCAGGAGGGGCAGUCCACAUCUACAGGAGGGGGUAAAUAGACUGAACCAAGCUCCACAGGAGCUGCUGGCGGAAUGCCUUGGAGAUUAUGUAUGAAAUCCUUCCCCCAGAUUCUCUGCCGUGGUGCACGGCGUUCUCGGAGCACCCGGGAGUCUCAGCGGGAGGGUUCCCUUCCCUUUCAUUAGGGAGUAUGGGCAGUGCGACUGUGGCCCUCUGUUAUACGCUGUAAAGGAGUAAUGUGUAUUGUCAUCAUGUGACCGGUGCAGUGUACACACCUGCUGUCUGAUAAUGCCCCCUUGCUCUCGUGUACAUCAGUGCAGGGUCCCAGGUCACUGCCAGACUCUACCAAGAGGCCGGCUGGCUGCGCUGGGACUUACAGUUCCACAGCUGGGCGUCACUGGCUGAGUGAGCAGUGUAAAUGAGUAGCGCUGUAUUUGUCCGUUACACGGCUAAUACCUCCGCACCGGCCGCCACAGAUACAGGUAGAAUUACACCCGCCGGGAGUGAAUUCAUGUAGCUUUGCACUUUGUGACACAACUAUGUAAAGGCACAUUACUAAUGUGGUGAUAAACCCUCCUCGCGACAGGUGACGCAUCAGGACCGUUGCCGUGUAAUGACGUGACAGUGACGUGUUCAGUGUGUAAUAACACUAUAAGAUAUUAAAGUAUUAAACCAUG